AUGCGCAACGAAUCCGGGACCAACUCCGGGGGUGUCCCCGAAAAGGAGGACGUCAUGAUCACUUUUUCCUCUGAACCACAGGCACCACCCCGGACACGAUCCCCUUUGGCCCGACCACAUCUCCGCUCUCGAUCACUGGCUGGAAUCCCGGGAAUGCCGUCAAUGACGCGCGCUUAUUCUUCCCCAGGGCUGGACUCCCAAGGUCGUUAUAUCUUCGUCAAUGGCCGCGAUGCAAAACGAUAUCCCCUGAUGCGCCCUGACGAUUACAUCGAAUCCCGCAUGGGUUCUCUCAACAUCUCAGAAACUAUCUCCGAGAACGCAGAAUUAGAAACCAUUCCCAAAUCGCCACAGCCAGCCUCGUCUCCCGUCCUGAUGGCGCAAACUUUCCCCCGCAUCGGUCGCCUGCGUCCGACUUCACCCCUUCCUUUCCAGACCCCCAUCAGCCCUUCCUUACAUUCCUCACCCAUUCUGGGCUCCAAAUACAACGAAUCUUAUCCCGGCCCAUCUGGCUCCGUUUCCUCCAUCUCCGUCCCCUCAACUCCAACCAGCCUUCGCUCGCGAAGCCCCAGCAUUUCGUCUCUGGAAACAAUACCCGACGUCCCCGACGCUGAGAAUGAGGCCCUUGAAGAGGAUCGCAUCGCGGAGUUGAAAGCCGCGGCUGAUGCAGCUGACGCCGCAACCAAUGCCAACCGACGGCGCGGGGCAUCCGAUGCGCCCAACUCAUUCAGCACAAUGCGCGGGGGUUCGGGCGGAUACGCAGCCCGGAACGAUAAGCGCAAGCGAUGGAGUGUCUGUGGUGCCGAGCGACGGCAGGAUCUCGACCUGGAGACCAUCUGGGAAGACUGA